UCGACUUACAGCUGGCUGUGAGGACAACUGACGCUACUCUUCUUUUGCUCUUUAUCGCCGCGAUACAUUUACCCAUAUCUUUUUUUGUAUUCUUUAAGUAUCCUGAACUCUGUGUCAAUCCUCUUUUCAAGGUUUUAAUAUUUUUAUUAAAAGCUUCUUCUUUUUUUAGGAAACAAAAGUUGGAGGCUGGGCCUUUUUAGCUUUUUAGCUCGAGAAAAAAAAAAAAGCUGGUUCUUUUUUUGGGGGGUAAAAACCUCGAUAAAUGCUUCUCACGAAAAUGGACCUGUUGAACUACCAGUACCUGGACAAGAUGAACAACAACAUUGGCAUUCUCUGCUACGAAGGUGAAGCAGCUUUGAGGGGGGACCCCAGACUCCAGUCCCUGUCUCUGUCCUCUUCUUCAUCCUCCUCCUCUUCGUCCUCGUCCUCGUCAUCUUCCUCUUCCAUCUCCAACCAUAGGACAGGUCCUCCUCCCAUCAGCCCCACCAAGAGGAAGCUGAGUGGGGACCAGGGGGACAGCGACAUGGAUGACAACGAGCAUGUGGCAAAGAUGAGCCGGCUGUUUGCCACACAGCUGAAGCCGAAUGGAGACUACCGCGGCUCUCCCAUCUCUAAGGACCGGAGCCGGAGCCCAAUCGAGCGCGUGAUGGUGCCGAGCAGCCUGGGAGUCCAUAGCAACCACCUGUACAGCCACGCCCACCACCACCACCACCACCACCACCACCUUGCCAGUUUAGCUGGCAUGGAUCAGCCACUGGCGCUCACCAAAAACAGCAUGGUGGAAUCUGCACGCAGCGGCACGGCAGCGAUGGCCACGGCGCCACAUACAGUCAGCGCCGUGGAACGCCAGCAGAAUCGUCCCUCAGUGAUCACAUGCGCCCCGGCCAACAACCGCAACUGCAACCUGUCUCACUGUCCGGUGUCCCACAACGGCUGUGCGAGCCUCGCCAACAACUACAGGAGAAUCAACACCAACACCGCCUGUGACCCGGUGAUUGAGGAGCAUUUCCGCCGCAGUCUUGGGAAGAACUACAAGGAGCCCGAGCCCACCGCCACCAACUCCGUGUCCAUCACCGGCUCGGUGGACGACCACUUCGCCAAGGCACUGGGCGAGACCUGGCUGCAGAUUAAAAACAAGGGGAGUCCCUCGUCGUCGGGCAGCAGCCCAAACUCCUCCCCUAACAGUCACAUGGUCAAUCACAACCACUCCCCUUCUGUGGUCUCCUGAAGGAACAAGGGUUGAAUGGGUGAAUUGCCCCUCUUUCACGAGCCCUCCCAAUCAUCCCGGCUCUCACACCCACGCCCUUGUCACUUUGGUCUCUCACCAGCAUCCCAGAGGGAAUGCCUGCAUGCUGGUCUGCGAAGAACAUGUAAAACCCUCAAGCCUGUCCUCCCUCUCUCUCUCUCUCUCUCUCUCUCUCUCUCUCUGCACUCAUCGAGGAUCAAUGAAGCAAUAACGACGUGGUCGUUUCUGUCCUCUGGUAUGGUAAUGAGGGACAAUAAUCAGUCACGAGCGAUGAGGGUUGGACUUCUGAGACUCGACUGCAGCGUCGAGCUGCUCCAUCCGAUAACUCAUCACCCCCGCAUGAGCAACGUGUCUAUAUGUACAUAAAGAGAGAGGGGAACGGUGCUGUUUUAAUGAUAAUU